GUCCUUUGCCGCUUCGCGAAUUGUGCCUGCAAUGAAAAUUCAUGAAAUAUACAAGGGCAUGACCCAAGUACACUUUAUGAAUACGCUCGCGCUAACCAACGAUUUUCAAAGUAUUGCCAACAAAUUGAAGGAAAUAUCACCAUAUGUUUUAAGCAAAUCAUCCGUAAGAGCCGCAAUAACGUGUGAUCACGAAACCGUUGAAUCAAAUGAAGAUGCACUAAGCAAACUUUUGAAAGAAUUACCGGAACGCGAAAGUCGCCCCUUGGAACAGUCUGAAUUCCAGAUAAAAAAUGAGAAAGCAUUUUUCCCACUCCCGUUCUCCGUAAAUUUUAGCGCGGAAUGCUUCAAGGGAGUGCCUUAUACACAUCCUGACGGCGCCAAAUUACAGAUUCUGUCAUCCUUAAUGAGAACCCAUUAUUUACAUCGUGAGAUCCGUGAAAAAAACGGGGCAUAUGGUGGCGGUGCAACUUACUCAUCGACGAGUGGAAUUUUCUCGUUCUUUUCUUAUCGAGAUCCAAAGGCUUUGGAAACUUUGGAAACCUAUCGUCAAUCGAUCGAUUGGGUCUUGAAGCGAAAAUUUACUCAACAGGAAAUUGAUGAGGCAAAGCUAUCAAUAUUCCAAGGCAUCGACGCGCCAAUAAGCGUCUCCCAGGAAGGGAUGGUUUAUUUCACUGAUCGAAUUUCCGACGACCUAAGGCAAAAACGACGUGAGCAAUUGUUGGCUGUGACCGAGGACGAUGUUAAAUAUGCUGCAAUCACGUAUCUAAAGCAACACGAAACAAAGAAAGAUUAUUCCAUAGCUAUCAUUGGUGAGGAAAAUGAAGAAAUUGAAAAGAAUAAUGAAUAUAAUGUUUACCGGAUGAAAAUCGAUGAAGCUAAUGAAAGUUGA